CUCAUUCCCUUCCCUUCUCCGCGCAUUCGAGCUCAGGCAAUACAAGCAUAUGGCGGACGGUAUAUUCGGCCACCCUUUCAGGCGCCUAUUUUGGAGCCCUCCAAUAUUCCGUGAAUGGUCUGGAUCAACGGCCCUCAUGGAUUGGCUCGAAUCUCCGACUGCUCACAUCUUCAAGAUCAACGUCCCAGGAUACAGCAGAGAGGACAUAAAAGUGCAGGUACAAGACGGCAACAUAAUGCAAUAAAAGGAGAGGAAUUAAAGAGGAGAGCCAGGCAAGGACACUGUUUGGCAUGUUGCGGAGAGAGGGACGGGUAGGGCUGAUUUUUCUCGGGAAAUUGAAUUGCCGGAAAAUGUGAAGGUUGACCAGAUCAAGGCCCAGGUGGAACACGGUGUCCUCACCAUUGUUGUUCCCAAAGAUUCUACCCCGAAGCCAUCUAAAGUGCGUAAUAUCAACAUUACUAGAAACUUUAAAGGCUGAAAAGUGUUGAGAAAUUCUAAGCUUUCAAUAAAUUGUUGUGAAAUAAAAGUUAUACUGAAAUUAUCAUGAAAAUAAAAGGUUGUAAUCAUAUUUAUGCAUAAAUACUUGUCUUUAAAAUUUUUAUAGCUCCUGUAACCAACAAAAAAAUUUAUAACUCCAAUAGAGUUGAAGAACAUCAUUUUGCGGGAUAAAUUAGGGGUGUUGAAAUAGCAGUCUCAAUUUUUGAAGA